AUGUCUAAGUCUUUAGAAGAUAAUGAUUAGAUAGCACUUCAGUUGGUUGAUGUAAAAAAAUGCAACUAGCAGAAGAAUUAAGUAGACGAAUCUUAGUACAUAUAAGUGCCUGAAAAUGAAUAAGGAGGGGAUUAAAUUAUUUUAAUUUCCAAAGGAUAUGAUGAUUAGGACUAAGGAAUAUACUUUUAAAUUAAAAAAGUAUAUCGCACUGCUUAAGACUUUCUAAAAAUGUAUAGUAAAUAAACAGUUGGAUUUAUUAGCAUAAUAUUAAGCAUUUUAGUUUUAGCUAGCUAUUUCAGUUUGAAAGAAAGAUGUCCUUAUGAAUCAGAUCAUACAUGCUUAAAAGAAUUUAUUUUUCCAAAACUAUUUGUGUGGAUAUCUAAAGUUUUAUUUAACAGCUUAGCAACUGUUAUCUAAUUUCAUUUUCUCGUUUCAAAAAGCACUUAUACUUUGAUACCUGCGUUCGGUUUUCUUCAGUCUAUGUAUCUCUUUAUAUUUAAUGACAAUACUAUCAAUUUGCAAUAUUACAUGGGAGGAAUUAAUGCUAUUCAUAUAAUAAUCUUAUUUUUUCUUCUUUUAAUAUAUGCUUUAAUUAGGGUAUGGGUUGCUUGCUUCAAAAAAUACAAAUGGAUAUGUUUUUUUGGUAACAUAUUGUUGAUUUUAACUGUUAUAAUUAUCUUUUAUUACCAAUCAAUUGCGCACGGGUGUGAUUAUUGGACCUAAGGAAUCAAUGGCCAAAUUGAAAGAGAAUAAUCCUCUUGCAAUAUUAUUGUACCCAAACUUUGUUGGUAUAAAAUCACCCAUUAGUGGCAAGAUCUUUCUUUGCUCUUUCCCUCUUGUGAAAAUACUUCUAUUUCAUCUGAUUCUAAGCAAAAAAUAGAUUAAUUCUAUUCUCCGUAUGUGAAGGAUUCACAAUUUAUAGCCUUUUCUAAUUUAAAUUCAGUGCCUGAGUAAAAUAGAACAGAUGAACAAAUUUAAGCAACUACAUUUAGAUUAUCUAAAGGAUAUUCUUCUUUGGAAGAAGCAUUCAAUGAUAAAUAUGAUGUUGUUUUUGAUAGAAAAGAGUAAAAAUAUCACAUUGACGUGCAAUUCAACUAGACUCUUUCUGAAUAAAGAAGCAAGAUAGCAAGCGAAAGUUCUUCAAAACCUCUCUCAAAAAAUAUUCUGCUCAUUUUCAUUGAUGCUGUUAGCCGCCAAUCAAUGCACUUAAAACUUCCAAAAACUAUAGAGUGGUUUUAAAAAAGGUCAAGAAUGCACAGUUAUGUCCCUGAAAAUAGAUAAUCUGAGGAAGAUAAAAAAAAUAGCUAAUCGUUUGAGUUCUACAAAUACAACUCCCUCAAGCCUUAUACAUACGAUAAUCUCUAAAAUCUGAUAUAUGGUUCAAUGAUUAGAAAUGUAGAAGUUACUGAAGAAGAAAAAUUGAUUAGUAUACUAGAAGAUAUUAAAUAAAAAGGAUAUGUAACAGGUCAUAGUAGUGAUUAAUGUCAAACACUAUCACUAAGUUUUGAUUAUGAAACUGCAGGACUCAUUAAUUCGUCAAGAUACGAUCACGAGACUUAAUCUUAUGCAUGCGAUCCUAAUUUCCAAGACCCUGAAAGCAAAUUUGGUCUUUUUUAGGGGCCAUAUUCAAUUACUAGAAGAUGUUUAUAUGGUAAAACUAUGGCUGAAUAUCCAACAGAAUACGCUAAGUCUUUUUUUAGAAAGUACAAAGAUAAUUAGAAGUUUAUGCAUCUAGAAUUCAGUUAUGGUCAUGAGGGAACAGGAGAGGUUAUUAACUACUUAGAUGAUCCUCUUUCUAAUUUCUUAGAGGAGAUGUCUGAUGAAGGAUUAUUGAAAGACACUACAGUAAUUCUCUUUAGUGAUCAUGGUCUACACAUGUAAGGAAUAUUUUAUCUUCUAUAACUCAGAAACGUUUUUAUUGAAAUAAACCUUCCUGGAUUAUUCAUUAACGUACCUCCUGAGUUGAAUGAAAAAUAUGGAGAUUAAAUAGCCCUUAACUAAUAAAACCUAGUUUCAAUAAAAAACCUUCAUCAUUUCAUAAAAUAAUUGAUUGAAGGAGAAAAAUAUGAAAACCAUCAAUUAAGUUUAACCAAUCCUCUACAAUUUUAAAAAUAAUGUCAUGAUAUUGGAGUUUUUGAGUCAGACGAUUGCUCAUGUAAAUGA